AUGCCUGAUGAAAACUGCACCACACUGACUGAGUUCAUUCUCUUGGGUUUCACCAACCAUCUGGAGGUGGAGAAACCUUUGUCUGGGCUCUUCCUACUCAUCUACAUCACCACUUUGGUGGGGAACGUUGGCCUCAUCGUGCUCGUCCAGCUCAAUGCCUGCCUUCAUACCCCCAUGUACCACUUCCUAAGCAAUUUAUCUUUCUUAGACCUUAUAUGUUCGUCUGCCAUUGCUCCCAAGAUGCUGGUGAGUCUGUUAGCACAGCAGAAGACCAUUUCUUUCACUGGCUGUGCAACACAGAUGUUUUUCUUUGCUGCCUUCGCUGAUGCCGAGUGCCUCAUUUUGGCUGCGAUGGCCUAUGACCGCUAUGUGGCUGUGUGUCGCCCUCUUGUCUACACUGUUGUCAUGUCCCGCAGGGUCUGCGCCAUCAUGGUAGCUGGGGCUUAUCUCAGUGGAGGUCUGACCUCACUGGUGCACACAUCUUUCACCUUCACAUUGUCAUUCUGCAGCUCCAACGUGAUCGAUCAUUUCUUCUGUGAUAUUCCCUCACUGCUGGAGCUCUCCUGCUCCAACACGUACAUCAAUGAGGUUCUCCUCUUCACCCUGUGUGGCUUUAUACAAACCAGCACCUUCCUGGCCAUCGCUGUUUCCUACACCUGCAUCCUCAGCACCAUCCUCCGGAUCCAUGUGGCAGACAACAGGCACAAAACCUUUUACACUUGCACCUCCCACCUCAUGGCUGUUGGGUUGUUCUACGGCUCCCUCCUCUUCACGUAUCUACAGCCUGGUUCCAGCCACUCAGUGAACACAGACAAAGUGAUUUCUGCAUUUUAUACCCUUGUUUUUCCCAUGCUCAACCCCUUCAUUUAUAGCCUGAGGAACAAAGAGGUGAAGGAUGCUCUAAGGAGAAUGGUAGAGAGAAGAGUGUUUUCGCAGUGA